GUUAAACUUUUCCUGCGCAUCUAACGGGAGAGCGUUGGAAGGCCUGAUGCAGAAGUGGACCCAGGACCUUUGGAAAGCUGUGGUGGCAGAGGUGGAAAGGUUGCAUGGAUCCAUGAACCAGAAGCAAACCUCCAUGGAGAACUUGUCUCAAGAGGUCCUUGAGAGCAAGAAAUUCCUUUGGGAAGAGCUGGAAGACGUGCAAGCUGAAAUGCGGCUCAUCUACCAGAAACUGAAGGACCAGGAGGUGGACAUCACCAGGAACCUGGUUAACAUCAAGAAGUUGCGGGAGAACCAAGUGAGGUGCACAAAGUUCCUGGCCCAGCUGAGGAACAGAGGGGAUGCAUCAGAGACUGUGGACCACAAGCCGGGGAACAACAAAGGGAAUGACGAUGUCUGUACGCACUGCAAGUCCCUCAGCAGUUACAGCAUCAGGAGCGAGAAGAGCGGGCCAAGAAUGAGAAGCGUUGGACAAAAGACCAGGGAGGAAAUGAGAGCCCGCGUUUGGACUCAAGCUACACAGGCAGCACAGAUGGAAUUAAACUCAACUCCUCUGGACCUCCUUGACCCUGUUUGCCUCUUCCCUGUCCUGGGAACAUCCACCCCUUUCUUCUCUCCCCCAUUUGGCCCCACCUCUGUUGCCAAAGAGGGCUCUGCUUAGCCAUGCUGACAGGAGCUGAUGGGAAUUGUAGUUCAUGAACAUCUGGAGAGCCGCAGGUUGCAGACCCCGGGCUUAGCCACAGCCAGCCUCCAGCAGCUGCUCUGAAGCCGACUCUCUGCACUGUGCCCUUUGCACAAGAUGAAACGUGUGGCACUUUGUUUGUUACCGUGUGGGGAACGUUGGAAAGGUGGAACACAAACUCAUUUUUCAGCAAAGGAGAGUGUUUUGAGUUAUCCCCCCCCCUCCUUUCCCAGAUGAUGGGGCUCUGCAAAUCUGCUCCUUGGAAUCUCACCUCCCCGCUCCAUGAAGAGACUGCUGUCAGAUCCAGUCCUGCCUGCUGUCAUCACAGAACUGCUUUGCAUAUAAAACAUCCUUUGCUUGUCUUCGGGGCUUCAGAGCUAACACUGACAGGUGGCUUUCUUCCCUUGCCUUCCCAGCAUGAAUCAGAUGGUUCAGGAACUGAGUUCUUCUCUGCACUUCAGUCCUAAAUACAGCCAAAGGGAUGAUACCACAGGAGACCUGGCUACCAAGUGGUGCCACAUUAUUAUUAUUAUUAUUUACUAGCGGGGCCCGGCCACGCGUUGCUGUGGCAAUUGUCCUUCUCAUCACAGUCCGCAACCCACACAGAUGUCCAUGCAGGUCCAAUGAUCCC